UGUUUCUCAUGAUUCUCGGGGUCGUUUCCGUGGCGGCGUCGGUCAUACCCCUGAUCCUCGUCCCGGUGGCCGUUCUGUUCCUGGUCUUCGUCUACGUCCGGCGUUACUUCCUGUGAACGUCCAGAAACAUCAAGCGGCUCGAAGCUACAACUCGUAGCCCCGUCUUCUCACACCUCUCCUCUUCACGGGCUCUGCACAAUCCGAGCUUUUGGUGCCACGGAGAAGUUCCAGACCAUUUCCGACGCUCAUCAGGACUUACACUCAGAUGACCUCGGUGGAGAGGGUGGUGGAGUACACUGAGCUGGAGAGUGAAGCACCAUGGGAAACAAGACGCCUCCUCCCGAUUGGCCGAGCAAAGGCCUGGUGACCUUUGAUGGCGUCAGUUUCUCCUACAGCGUGAAGGUCCCGUGGUUCUACACAAACUCAAAGCCGCGUUUCCACCUCGGGAGAAGGUGUUUCCUGAAGAGGUCGAGACGUUCCACAGUGGCCUCUAGGGGGCGCUGUAACACAUUCGGGAUCGUGGGGAGGACCGGGGCUGGGAAGAGCGCUCUGGUGUCUGCGCUGUUUCGUCUUUCAGAGCCAAAGGGAAAGAUUUACAUCGACGGAGUCCUGACGUCAGAGCUGCACCACCUGCAACAGAAGACGUCCAUCAUUCCUCAGGACCCGGUUCUGUUCACUGGGACCAUGAGGAAGAACCUGGACCUUUAACCAGCAGA